AGUUGUGGACCCGACCUCCGAUACCAUAUUUAUUCUGAUAUGGGAAUUAGAAUGCAUGCACGGCCUCUUAUCAUGGUGGAACUUUAAACUUUAAAGUUCUCCUUCGCCAACCCCGAAACCCUAAAGAAGUUGAACAAGAGAAGGAAAAUCCUGAAGUCUUGAUGGCUAGCAGCAAGGCAAACCCGGCUCGGUCUUACCUUAAGAUAGGAGCCGAGGUCGAGGCCACCAGUGUGGACCACGACCUACGCGGCACGCUAUUCCCCGCGACGAUAAUCGCUGGGCCAUCCGAAAGCAACAAGUUCGUGGUUGAAUACAAGAAUCUACAGGAAAACGAUGAAUCCUUGAGGGAAGAGGUUGAUCUGGCGCUCUUAAGGCCCUUCCCUCCACCAGAACACGAUUACAGUUUCGAUUUUGGGGACGAGGUCGACGCGUUUUUUAGCGGCGGAUGGUGGGAAGGAGUUAUCACUGAGGUCGCUGAGGGUCCGACGUACUGGGUUUACUUUAGGUUUGCGCAGCAGCAGUUUUCGUUUCAGGCCGAGGAGCUAAGGCAUCAUCGGGAGUGGGUUGAGGGAACUUGGCUUCCACCUAGGGAAUGGUCGAUCAAGAAAGACGCAAAUUCAAGCAGGGCAACGAUGAAAAAGUUUAAGAAAGGAACACCAGUGGAGGUAAGCAGUGACGAAGAUGGAUUUCAAGGUGCUUGGUUUGCUGCAACCGUUCUCAAUGCUAUAGGACAGGAAAAAUACCUCAUUGAGUACCGGAGCCUGAGAACAGAAGAUGACACAAACUUUUUGAGAGAAGAGGUUGAUAUACAGCACAUAAGGCCGCCGCCUCCUGAAAUUGUCAUGGCUUGUGAUUUCAAUUUGAAUGAAGAAGUUGAUGCUUUUUACAAUGAUGGUUGGUGGGAGGGUGUGAUUUCCAGGGUUCUCAAGGGCUCAAGGUACAAAGUUUACUUCAAGGGCACGAAAGACGAAGAGGAGUUUCAGCACUCUGCCUUAAGACCCCGCCUAGAUUGGAUAGAUGGAACUUGGGUUAGGGCUUCUAAGGCCUUGAAGUACUGAUUAAUCAAAGCUGGCUUCUGACCAUGUUUAUGGGAACCUGGUAUCCUUCCUCAGACCCGUCGCCGAUCAUUUUCCGUCCAGGGGUGCGUCUGAUGACAUAGUGAAUUAGUACAUGCACAGCCUGCUCGAACAAAACCGAAAAGAAAAAAAAAAUGCCCUGGUUGUUUGGCUAUUAAGUGUACACGUGGUGGUUGCUUUACACUGUUUCUGACAUGUCUCGUUAUAUAUAUUUUGUCCUCUACGAACCUGGAACUGACCUAGUGAUGACAAAAAUUAAUUAAAUAAAAUUUCCUAAUUCUUGAUCAUUCCAGAAUAUGAGAAGCUGCAGACGUUAGAUAGAUAUCAUUCGCAUAUAUGCAGCCUGCGACUCCAAAAUGGUUUACUCGGCGUAUUUGAUUAAUUCGCUAGACAUGCACACUUUAAAAUGUACAAGAUUGAACUGUAAACGCACUGGUAAUUAACUCAUAAUAUGGUGUAGAACAUCAGUUAAUAUACCGGUCUAUAUAUCAAUGUUAUCGUCGCUCUCACCCGUCCCCGUGAAUCUUUUGGCAUCCAGCCAGUGGUGUCUGCACCGUCUGACCCUUAGGAGAAGGUAAUAAUGCAAGUAUUGCGUUACGGGUCAAUAAUAGCAGACCGUUGAAUAUAUGAACACAGACUGAGUUAGCGAUGGUGACUGCCAUACACUAUUUACGAGUUUCCGUUUUUUGAUAAUGCAAA